GUAAGAGGAGCCAAUAUGGCAGCCAAUUUGAAGAUGUCAACAGAAUACAGUAGAAGUGUUUUAAGAAUGGUGGUUGCUCAAAUAUGUCAAACAAUUGGAUGGCAUUCAAUUAAUUCUACAUCGUUAGAAUUUAUGGUUGAUCUUAUGCAAGAAUAUAUUUUGCGAAUUUCAAAACUUACUCAUCAAUAUGCAGAAAUUUUGGGAAGGACAGAAGCAAAUCUUGAUGAUUUAGGUUUAGCAUUUCAAAAUAUGAAUAUUGAUAUACAGGAAUUAACAGAAUAUAUUAAAAAUGUAGAUUCUGUUCCAUGUCCUAUAGCAGUACCUAAAUUUCCAAUUCAACGUGAAAAUCAUUUGAAUUUUUUAAAACCUGGAAGUCGAGAAGUUGUAACAAGACCUGUACAUAUACAUGAACAUUUACCAGCUAUGUUUCCUGAUACAGAAGAGGAAUAUGUAGCAGAGAAAGCGGAAAAUAUAAUGAAUGGCUCGUCUGAUUUAACAUUGAGUAAUGGAACUUCAAGCAAUAGUUCCAUGAAUGUAUCUCCUCAUAGAAUGUCACCACAAGUAGUUUUUAAACGACCAGGAGAUCCUGUCUCACUUGAAAGUCCUAUAGUAAAGCGUGUAAAAGUAUUAGAAGAAGGUAGACCAUUACGUGAAAUUCACAGUGUCAUGAUGACUACUUCAGGUUUUUUAUCACCUGCUCGAGAAGGAAAACUACCUGAAGCAAGGACACCACAUCAAACUCGUUCAGAUUCACCACAACCUAGUUCUUAUCCUAUGGUACCUCCAGAAUUAAAAUACGAUAAAAAACCGAAAAAGAUUAUAAAGAAAGGAUUAGAAGAUUGUAAACUUGAUAAAGAAAACAAGAAAAAGAAUCGUGCUAAAGAAUUAUUUAAACCAGAUAAAACAGAUGAUAAUAAAAUUAAAAAAUUAGCUGGUAUGAAAGAAUUAGCAAAAUUAAAACCUUUAAAAUCAAUAGGUGGAAAAUUACAAAGUACCCUGCCUAGUUCGUCAAGCAGACCAUCUACUCCUAAAUUAAUAUCACCUAAAACAGUUAGUAGUCCAAAAUUACAGAAAACUACACAACCAAAAACAAAACCAGAAAAAAUAAUUGAUCUUACUAGUAGAUCUCCACCAUCUAAUGAAAGAAAAGAAGACAAUAUUGAUAAACUUCCAUCUGAACCAGAUAAACAAAAGUUGAAUAUUUUUAAAAAGAUUUCAAAACCACGAGAGGAUAAAGAUAAAGACAUAUCAGAACAACAUAAAUAUAAAGAGCUUGAUUCAAGAGAAAGUUCACCUGCUUUAGUGAUUGAUGAAAAUAUCGAUAAACAAACGCUUCGUAAUGAUAUUGAUGUAAAACGAGAAGAAAAAAAGACUCCACAUACACCAGAUGUUCAUCUUCAACCAGAUGGAGGAGAAUUAAUUAAUUUACAAAGUCCAGGAUCAGAUGUUUAUAUGUUUGAUGAUAUGUCACCACCAGGUACUCCUAGCACUCCAAGAACUCCAGAAUUAAACAUGCCUACAACACCUACAGAUCAUAAAAAAAAGAAGAAGGAAAAAAUGAAUAAAAAACGGGAAAUAAAAUCAAGAAGUCCAAAACAUUAUGUUAGUCCAAAAAAGACAAAAAGUAUCAACGAGGUACCAGAACAGGAUAUACUAGAUCGACCAAAAACUCCACAGGCACCUGAACCUCAAAUUUCUAAAGAACCAAGUUUUCCACCAACACUCCCAUUUCCCUUUUUUCCAACAUUUCCUCCAGCACCUGGUUUAAUACCUCAUCCUAUGUUUCCUAGAUUUCCAUUACCUAUAGGAAGAGGUAGUAGUGGCCCUCAUCCAACAAUGUCAAAUUUACCAUUACCACCUCGUUUUAUAAGUUUACCACCAAAAUCUGAAGAUUUUUCUACUUUACCAAAAUCUAAAUCUGUCGAUCGGGAUAAACUUUCUUCAGUACCCACUUCUACCGAAGCAACGCUUUCAAUAACAAAACAUGAAAAAACGGAGAAAGAAAAAGGAGAUAAACCAAAGGCGAAUAAACAGGACAAAGAGAUAUCUUCGCCAGUUCCUACAAGUACCGUUGCACCGCCUUUAUCAUCUGCACUUGCAGCACCAAUUACGUAUCCUAAACCAGUACCUAUUGUGCCGUUAUUAUCUUCAAAAACCCCUAAAGUUGAAAAACAGGAUAAAUGUGAUAAGAAAUCAAAAGAACAUAAAAAAGAAAAGAAAGAUAAAUUAAAGAAGAAAAAAGAUAAAAAAGAAAAACACAAAGAAAAAGGAGAUAAAAUAAAAGAAAAGAAAGACAAAAUAGAUAAAAAAGAAAAAAUAGAUAAAAAAGAAAAAAGAGAAAAGAAAGAUAAACGAAAAGAAAAAGAGAAAGAAGAUAAAAAUUUUGAAGCUGUACCAAAAAUAACAUUAAAAUUAGGUACAGCAUCUCCGAGACCACCAACGCCAGAUACUGCUCCAAUGAAGAAAAUAACUAUAAAAACAUUACUGAAGAAACCUGAAGAUGAGACAAAACGAGAACCAAGUCCAGAAUUGGCCAAAAUAUCAGCAUUAGUCACGCGACCACCAAAGCAAAAGUCGGCAAGUAAGAAAACAGAGGAGGGAACGUUAGAUGGAAGCCCUGCUCUUCCUACAGAUACUUUCUCUGCCAAUCUUACUAGUGUGCCACUUGCAACAGUUCCUCGAGCAAAGAAAUCUCUCUUCAAAGCCUUACCUCAAAGAGAGACUCCUCCAUCUCAAUUUGAUCCUACUCCUAAGCUCCCAACUCCUCUGAUGCAACAACAACCACCGUAUUAUUUUAGACGAAAGCAGAUGCAGCUCUUAAAAAGGAUGAUGCUAAAGAAGACAAAGAAAAUGGCAGGAUUGCGCUGCCCCCAACAUCAACCACUACUGUGGAUCAAGGUGGUCAUCAAGUUUGGAUAUGUCCUGCAUGUGGUAAUCAAGAUGAUGGAUCACCUAUGGUUGGUUGUGAUGAUUGUGAUGCAUGGUAUCAUUGGGUAUGUGUUGGGAUGCAAGUACCACCAGCUGACAAUGAAGAUUGGUAUUGUCGCUAUUGUAUAGCCAAAAAACAAGAACUCCAUCAUGAUAAAAAGAAGAAAAAAAGGAAGAAAAAGGUGAAAGUUACUGCCUAGUACAAGCUACCCGGAUCUUGUGUAAGAUCCGGUAUAGCAAUUCAAACUGCUACCAAAGUUAAAAAAGACAGUAAGCUUGGUGUAAAAAAGUAUGAAAAGCAAGAAAUUAUCAAAAGCAGAAAUGAAGUUACAAAUGAAAUCAUUAAAGGAAAAAUCUUUACCAAUCAAGGGAAAGGCUGGAAAAACUAUCAUGAAAGUUAAGACU